UCAAACACAGAAUUAUGACUGUCAUGAAAUCGACCACUUCUACAGAUCCAACAAACCUCUCAUAUCAUCAUCUUCGCCUUUAUCUGGGAUUAUUGUCUUUACACGGAUAAACUUUCAGAUUGUUAUGGAGGAACAACCAGAAGCGCUUGACACCAGCACAUUAGAUGCAGAGAAUUCCUCACAGCAACAGCAGGAAACAUAUGAAGAUGCUGAUCCGGGUUUCAGCGCCUCGUGUCUGACAACAGCAGAACUGCAGCAGCACUGGAGGGCCGUGAAACAGGAGUUCAGAAGCAUUAAACUGCUGUUUGACAUCCCUUCAGCCCGAAUCAUCGACCAAACGCUCUCCAAAUAUGUGGUGUAUCGGAUUGUGGUUAUCCGGUCUGGUACCUACGACUGUGAACGUGUGGCUAUCGAGCGUCGCUACAAUGACUUUCUUCACCUGCAUCAGGAGCUCCUGCUGGACUUCAGUGAUGAGAUUGAAGACAUGGUGAUGCCCAGAAAGAGAGUGACGGGAAACUUCUGUGAGGAGAACAUCUCAGAGCGGCGUGUAGCCCUGAGAGACUAUCUAACUCAGAUCUACUCCAUCAGAUGCAUCCGCCGAUCGCAAGCUAUUCAGGCGUUUUUCACUCAACAGGAAUUAAAAGAGGCAUAUGACCUGUUGCGUGGGGGGCGCUUUUCCCGAGCUCUUGAGGGCCUACAGAAGGUGUUGGUGCUUCAGGAGAAACUGUCUUCUCAUGACUCCACUUUAGUGAUACCAACCUUGUGUGCCAUAUUGGUGUGCCAAAGGGAUCUAGAGGACUUCAAUGCUGCUUUUCAAACAGGCAGAAGGGCUCUUCCCACCGUGAGGCGCUAUGAGCUCCGCCGGUAUCAGGGGCCGCUGCUGGAGGCUCUUGUUGAUUUGGGUUACAGCCUUGAGUUGCCUGUGGCACAGUUACAGGAUGAGCUGACCAGAGUAAGAAACUCCCCUCAUGGUCCGGUAUCACAGAUGUCCCUUAAAGAACUGGUGGUGCAAGAGUUUGUGUAGGAAACAUAAAUGUGAUUACAGGGACACAUAGAAGAAAAAAAAAACAUUCUGCUGCACACAUUUUAAUGGAAGGCCAAAGUAUGGAGACAGAACAGUCUCAAUAAUAAUACAUUUACAAAACACAAUUCAUAAAUUCACAGCACAAUUCACAUUCACAAAAUCAGAUUCGUAAAUUCAAAACACAAUUCAUAAAUUCACAAACAUUUUCCCCAAAUGCUCACACAAAUAUAUCUCGCAGAAAUAAAUUCAGAAUGUUUUCACAAAUAUGUAUAAAUCAUGUUCUUGAAUUACUUUCCAGUAAACAUUUGUGAAUGUUGUUACAUGUAUUUAUGGAUUGGUGAAUCUGCAUUUGCAAAUCGUCACACGUGUGUGGAUUGCUUUGAAUUUGUGUGUGGUAU